CUUUCCAUUUCUUUUGGGAUCAUUCGAGCGCUAUUCCCGGGAUGAAAGUUGCUUUGAGGGCUUCUCAUCACUUGCUGUGUCACUACUUCGCGCUACUUUUCAUUCAUUGGCAACUUUUCUGGAGCUAACUUUGAUACCCAAAGUUAGGUGAAGUGGCGCCCGUCUUCGUGCCUUGCGAUAUACAAUUUAACCGUUUUUCGGUCGAAAAGUGGGGGAGAAUGACCAAAGCGGUUGCGCCUGUCAAGUGAUUUACUGGCUGUUGUGCACUUCUUUUGUUAACUUUGAACACAUGGUGCAUGUGAAAUGUCGUAAACAGACCUCCGAACAUCCUCUCUUAUCAUCUUGAAAGGAAGCUCAAGGAUACAAAUGGCGCAUGUCCUUAUCAGUUGUUGAACUUUUUGCAUGAUGGAUGCGUGAGGAGUCGCGCUAAACUUUGGGAAAGUCUCUUUCCCCCCCUCCUGUCGCAAGAACUUGUGAUGUUCCUUUGAGAUAAGGGAGCUGGGUAGGCAUGACAACUCUGUGGGGAGAGUAGAGUAUGUGAGGCCAGCACAAUGAGGCACACACUGCGAGGAAGCUUUUUACACAACCCUUCACAGUUCUCCAAAUCUGGCCCCUAGAAGAAUCGCCUAUGUGUGGACUGACUUGUAAUCAACAGAUAACCUUGGUUAUUAAAGUGAUGGUGCACGGUGACAGCCGUGACUGAGGACCUUAAUCUGAAGAGAAGGGAAAAAAAGAAGAAAAAAAAUCUCAGCCUGCAUAAAACUUGUUGCUAAAAUCUACAACAAACCCAAGUUGUUACUUCCCAGCAAGGCAGAGGAGCGCCACUGACUCAGAACUGAAGUUGCCAGAUGCUGCACUGAGCUACAAAUUCAGAGCUUAGCCACUGCAGACAAGCACAAGUGGACUUACUUGGAUAUUAUGAGGAGAGAAAAGUGUUGAGUUUUGUUUUGGAUUGCUGGAUCCGAUCAUUGGUCUGGAGUACCUUUUGAGCUGCGCUUCGCGUCGCUGGACAGACGCUCAUGGUCGCGCUGAGCUGCUUCUGCUGAUCCAAUGCCAAGACCAAGAGUCAGGCAUCAUGUGUUUGUAACCCGAUGAGCAACAGAGAAAUGGUGAGGAAGAAGAAUCCCCCUAUCCGAAGUGUGGGAGGAGAGGAGGAGGAAGAAGAGGAGGAAGAGGGGAAAAAUACAAUAGGUGAAGAGGAAGAAGAGGGUGAAGAGGAAGGAAGAGUUGGAGCAGAAGCUGACCGAAUAAGCCGACCUUCAGAGCCGGAAUCCUCUGACCAGAUCAUAGAUGAGGAACAAGGAGAUGAAGAAGAAGAAGAAGAGGAGGAGGGAGAAAGUGAGUGCAUUUCUUCAUCUGUCUCUCCCUCAUCUGUCGGCCCAAGUGAUGAUCGCAAUGAGGAGAGGAGUGGGAGAAGAAGAGUGAGAGGGAGGGCUAAGCACGGAGGAUCUACUCUUCCUCAUAGACAACAGAACGUUUUGGAUCCCAACGAAAGAGAAAAGUGGGACAUGGAGAACGAGCAGAAUGAUAGAAGGGAGGCGGAUCAUCUCAACCCUAUUCUCCUGACAUCCCGCCUCCUGCCCAGACAGGAAGGAGGGGUGGAGUCAACUGGCACCCCGCCACUUUCUUCCAGCCCCUCUCCUAAACUUCAGGACUUCAAGUGCAACGUGUGUGGUUAUGGUUACUAUGGCAACGACCCAGCUGACCUGUUGAAACACUUUAGGAAGUAUCACCUAGGCCUGCACAACCGCACACGGCAGGACGCUGCCCUCGACACACACAUCCUGGCUCUCCACAACAUGGCGCCCUCACAAACGCUUCUAGACAUCCAGACCGGUCAAGGGCCACGGAACAAAGCCAAAGAAUCUGUAAAGAUGAGGCCUGACGUCAACAUUCAGCCACACAGAACAGUUAUGAUGAAUGGCACAUAUGAUGUCCAAGUCACAUUGGGUGGAACACUAAUUGGGAUUGGCCGAAAGACAUCGGACUGCCAGGGCAACACUAAAUACUUCCGCUGCAAAUUCUGCAACUUCACCUACAUGGGAAGCAACUCCUUAGAACUUGAGCAACACUUCCUGGCGUCGCACCCCAAUAAAGUGAAAAGCGCUCCCCUGAUCACCAACAGCAACCUGACAACGCAUGAAGUUCUUUUGAAAGAAAGGAAUCUAAUUGUAGAGGGGUCUGAGAAAACAGCAGUAAGAGCUGAGGACAAUUCACUGGUUGGAUACUCUAUCCCAGUCAGAGAGAGUUCAGAUUCUUCAAAGUGGACAACCGAAGGAGCUCCUGGGCCCGUUCAGGUCUAUUACUGGUGUAAAUUCUGUAGCUGGAGUUGUGAGUCUUCUGGAGGCUCAGCGACGCUCUUAGAGCACUACGAGCAAAAGCAUAACAUGAACAGGGGGGCGGCAUUGAGCCCCAACAACUAUAAGCAUGGAGGCCUGGAGAAAGGUGGGAGAAGAGAUGUGGAAAAAGAACAACUAACAUCCAAACGUUGCAAAGAUCCAACAAACUCUAGCCAAGGUACUGAAGACGCAACCAGUAAUGAUCCAGAUGCAGUUGUGACGAGCUACAAUUGCCAGUUGUGUGAUUUCCGGUACUCCAUGGCGCACAGCUCUGAUGUGAUCGUGGUGGCGCCGUUGCUGUUGCACUACCAGCACAACCAUUCAAUCCACCGUUGCUGCAUUCAGCACUGCAUGUUCUGUCCACAGGGACUCUGUCAGCCGCAGAAACACCUGGGCGAGGUGUCCCACCCUUUUGCCUGCAGAAAGCCUACCUGCCCCAAAUGUUGCAACAAGUUCCCUCAGUCCAUCAAACAGCACGAACCUGCUCCUGCCAUUUCACCAAGCAAGACGCCUCCGAAUUCCCGAGAUGGCUCCUCUGUUACGCCGACGGUCAAUCCAUCCGACCCUGCAAACCCAAUGGUCUCACAAGGGGUCACUCACCUGUGUGACCAGUGUGCAUUUGCCACCACCGACAUUGAUGUAUUGCUCCAACACUAUGAAAGUUGCCACACCUCGAUUAACCUAAAGGGGGUGACACCUCAUGUGAAGGCUGAGGAGGAGUCCGUGGGUGAAAAAGAGGGCGGAAAAAGAGCGGGAGGAGAGAGAGAGUUCUCUUGUACUAAGUGUCACUUCAGCACAGAAGUAGAAGAGGAGCUUUUCAGACACUACAGGCGCGUUCACGCAUGUUGCAGAUGUCGACAUUGUGACUUUACAGCUCCAGAUUCUUCUGCCCUACUGGACCAUUUCAACUCCGCCCACUGUCAUGACUCCUCCCCCUCGUUGAGCUCGCUCUCAACAAUCUCGUUACCAACCUCACUGACAACUGCGUUGACUCCUUCCUUAACCUUCUCGGCAAACGGCUGCUCCGCUCCCUCUACGCUCGCUAUUAAAGAAGAGAGCAAAGGGGACCUCCGCUUCCUUUACUCACUUGCACCACCUGAGGGGCGGCUGGCCGAGGGAGGGAGAGAAGAGACGACAGGUUUGGUCAAGUGUGAGGGCGGUGAGGAGAAAGACAGAGAGCGGGAAAAAGGUUGGAUUCUGGGAGACACCAGAGGAAUUGGAGAAAGAGGAGGCGAACAAGCCCAUGGCCUCUUGUGGGUGCCGAAGGAGCGGAUGGGUCCAGACAGAGUCAUCGGAAGUGGUAGCCCUGCCAUUUACCCUUCAUCACUGUCCCUGCCUUUUGUUUCAGCCAGUCAAGAGGCCUCGCAGCAAAAAAGAGGCGUGGCUUCACCAAGCAUGGUUUACCUGGGAGACACAAAGUCCUUUUUGGGAGAUACCAAGUCUUUUUUGGGGGAUGCCAAGCUCUACGGAGGAGGAGGGAGAACUGGAGGAACCAACAUGGUUGCCGUGGAAAAACAAGUGGCCUCUCAGCAGCACACGGCAGGAGGUGGGAGUGGAAGUGGAGGCUCACAAGAUGGGAAAGGAGGAGCUUCUAAAGAAGAAUCGCAAUCUCUGCUCCGGAGACGCAGAGGUAGUGGAGUGUUUUGUGCCAACUGUCUGACCACCAAGACGUCGUUGUGGAGGAAGAACGCCAACGGUGGCUACGUUUGCAACGCAUGUGGUUUAUAUCAAAAGCUGCACUCGACACCCAGGCCUUUAAACAUCAUCAAGCAAAACAAUGGUGAACAGAUUAUCAGACGGCGCACGCGAAAACGCCUCAACCCCGACUCGCUGUCCUCGGACAAUCCAACGCCGAAGCAGCCAAGAGUUGGCGGCGAGGAGCGCAUGAACGGAGAGGAGUCUGACAGAAGCUGCGGUUCCGUCAAAAACCAACAGCCGUCGCCUCGCUCGCGCUCCCCCAGAUCCACUCAAGCUUUCCUAGCCAAUCAAACUUUGGAGAUCCACAGGCGCAUGCCUCCGCUUCUUCUGCCGUCCCAUGGCCCGCCCUCUCUGAUCGGAGAAGGAAAUGGAGGACUGGUGGAUGGAGGAAUGGUUUCUAAAGUCGAUGGGGUAAAAGGAGGCGGAGGAUCGGAAAGAGGAAGCCCAAUUGAAAAAUACAUGCGGCCUUCCAAACCAUCCAAUUAUUCGCCUCCUGGUUCACCCAUUGAAAAAUAUCAGUAUCCUAUGUUCUCAUUGCCACUUCCAUUAACCCUGUCACCAGACUUGACCCCUGAGUCUGACUGGCUCAGAUUCUGGACCAAGUAUAAGAUGGCUGCCACCUCCGGCAUCAGUAACUUGGCCAGCCCCGGAGGUCUGGGAAACAACGCUCAUUAUCUCAGUGCGAUGGUGACACCUGUUCCCCAUCAUCAGCAACGCUACACCGUGCCUUACUGUGCCUCUCCCUACUCUCCUCUCCCACCCCCACCAGCUGCUCCUCACUAUCCGCCACCUCCUCUCCAUCCGCAGACAUCGGCGGCGACGGAAAAUGAGGCUCCUCUUGAUCUCGCCAUACGGCAGCGAGAUUCAAACGAUGCGAGCUCAACAAAUGGUGCAGAGGUGCUGAAGCCAGAAGAGAAGGGUUUGGGCGAGCCCUGGAAAGGAGGGACGGAGCAGGAGACGCCACAUGAGGCAGCAAAUCAUGGGGACAAAACGGAAAAUGAAGACAGUUGUUCAGCUCGUCAUAAAAUGGUGGAUGUAGCUACACAGGAUGACCUGACCAAUCACUGCGUCCACUGUGGAAUCUACUUUCUAGAUGAAGUCAUGUACGCACUGCACAUGAGUUGCCAUGGCGAUCAGCGGCCCUACCAGUGCAGCUUCUGCCUUCACGUUUGCGCAGAUCGCUAUGACUUCACCACACACAUACAGCGAGGAUUACACAGGUACACAGACAAAACGCCCCAACAGAGGGGACAGGUGCAAUAUAGCCAAAUUCAGACGACAGAGUGUGAAGGGAACCUGGAAGGUGAGGAUCCUGGUGAUGGCGAGGGAUUUGUCGGAGCGCUUCAUGCCGACCAAGCUAAAGACACUUCAGAGGAUGGCGCUGCAGCUAAAAAGAAGCAUCAAGGAAACACAGCUGACCCAGAAGAGGAAAGUGAGAUGGCGUCAGAAGAUAUCGCCGAUGACAUCAGAAAUAACACAGAGGUCAUGUCUGACUCUAAAAAGUUAAAAGACAGCAAGGUCACUAAUCUGUUGCCUUGAGCUCCCGCAGGCCCUUAAAUGUGCAUGUUGUCUCCGAUAAGCUGAACUCUUCCAUAGCACUGGAGGCUAGCUAACGUCAUAUCUGGCCUAUCAUUGACUGGAACCCCUCCACACGCUGGAAGCAAUCGGCUGUCAAAUGGUCAAAAAAAUCAUUGUCAUUUUUCCAUGUUUUUCUCUCGCUGCCGCCCCUCCAACUCCUGACGUCCCCCUGACAGAUUCCUGGCAAGAAUGCAACUCAGAAUGUCGGGCAUGAAGCAGGAAACCACCGUCAACGAAUAACCAUGUCAUAUGCAUGCUGAACCAAUUCAAGCGCUCGACCAAGAGUAGAUGUGGUUUUUCGUUGAUCCCUGCACACCUUACAGCAGAGCAUCUCAGCAUCCGAAUGUUGGAACUUGACACCGUGCUGAGUCAGUCUAAAGUGACUCAGUUCUUCUUUUUUUUGACAGUGUGAAAGGAUCCAAAACCAAAACCAACUUUUUGACCUUUCACAUGGAAACGGUGUGUCCAUGCGGCAUUCUUCUGGUACUAAUGGAUCAGUUUUUGUAUCUGUAAACUGACUGCAUUUGCAAAGCAAAGUGGCUUUUGGGUAUGGAUUUCCCACGCCUCUUCAAACUGCUUGAAACCAGUAGCAACUGGGAAAACCGGUUUUAAUACCGACCGAAGUGUUCUCUUGGUCCUGAGGGACCAAACCAAGUGACAUUAUUUUGUACCUUCCUUUGUGCCAUGAUACUAGCUACGUGCCUGGCUGCCUGCCUCAUAGGACAACCAUCUAUUAACCUGCUUAACAUUUAUAUUAAUGUUAUAGAUAAACAAAAAAACAUGCAAUUUGCUCCAUGUGUUAUUUUGUAAAAGGCAGGAAACGGUACCUUAAUUAGUGUAUUUGAGUCUUUGUUCAUGUUUGUGUUUUUUUUAAUGGAGGAUUGUUACACUUGCUAACAAAAAAAAAACGGUACAGCAACAGCGGGUAAUGUGUCCAUUUGUGUUACCAUGUUUGUGUGUGGAAGGGCCAACAACCUCACAAAAAGAAUGAAGGCAUACGCUGGGUUUCUCACUCCUCAGGGGUCAUUUUAGUUGCACACCCACCCUCCUCUUCACAACAUCAAUAUGCGGUUACAUAUUUUUGCAUGUUCAUUAAUGCUUCCAUUCGUUCUUUAUUCUUGUAUAUUGUGUUUUUUUGUGUGUGUUUAAGUAGGUCAAUGUGGCUCUAGUUAUUCAUUUUUCACAUGCCUGGUUUCUAAUAGAAACAACCUUAACUUUAUAUAUAAAUAUAUAUAUAUAUAUAUGAAAAGAACGAUCUGAAGUUGGGAGUUACUGUACUUGUUUGCACUGUGAUACAUCUUCAGUGUUUCUGAUGGUUCGCCUUUAUUAUAUGUAGCAAGCAUAUGGCCUCAAAAAACGUAGGUUGCCUUCAAACGAAAUGAGCUGUAAAACACAUGUGCAUGAAAAAUGCCUUUCAGGAGUCUUUGUGAUUGUUUGAUUUCCGUUCUGCGACAUUCAUCCAGUAUCAACAAUAGUUAUUUCUACGUAUUUGUUCCACGCACCCAGCACAAGUUAGUGAUUAUAAUCCUUAACUUUCACAUACUAAGGUUUCGUGACAAAGAGGUCCUUCCUUUUUAUGUUUAGUCUGAUUUAUUCAAUGAGCUUUGAGGUGAAAAUGAAUGGAAUGCAACACUUGCAAUAGUCAAAAUAUGUGCAGCGGAGGUAGAUCACAUCUCACUGCUCCCUCUGUUUUCGACUCGCCUUCAUGCCCUUUGGUGAAAGUGGUCAAAGGCGUAAAGCUCAUUGUGGAAGCGGGAAGACAUAUCACAGUCCCACACAUAAAAUGUGGGACUAAAUACCAAAACUAAAAGCACGUCAGUCAGUUUUAUCCUGGCAUACCUUUACAUACAACUAUUAAAAUAAAUCACUAAAUAAAGAUUCAUCAGAUCGCAACUGUACGCAUUCCAAGGUGGGGAUGGACUCUUCCAUUGUCUUUCAACGUCAAGACUUGUGGUGUAGAAAUCUGAACAAAAAAAACUGCAACAAUGGCACAAGUGACUCUUCAUGGCAGGAUUCCUUCAGAAAUAUGUGUUUGAACUCAAAGGGUUUGUCUCAUCCUUGUCGUGCAUACUGAUGCAAACACAAGUAAAAGUUUAUUUUGCGUAAUUUGGGGCCUUAAAACAGCUCAACUGAUGAAGGUUUAUGAGUGGCCUCACUUCAUCCUGUUUUCUUGCAUUGUUCUUUUUUACCACAGUUUCAGAGCUGAACGUCAUGUUGACUCAAGAGUGCGAUCAAAUGACUUCAACACCUCCGAACUGUUGACAGUCCUGUCAUUCCCAUCACCAAGUGUUUUACACCAUACAUUUUCUACGUCAAAUUUGAGGAGGAAAAAUGAACCCAAACCUUUACUAAGCCUUUAACGUUAGGGAAAUCAAUCUGAAAUGUACCUUGUCUUUCAACUCGUUCUCUUGUGGUUGCACUUCAUUCAGGUGAAGUGAAGCGUCGCUGAGAUAACCUUCUAUUUUUAUACCAAGAAUCACAUGCCUUGCUGCCUUAGUUACCUAAAAACAAAAUUGAAAAAAAUGCAAUUAAAAAUAUUGGUGGGAAAAAAAAAGAUAUUUUUCUAUGCUUGUUCAUAUCAAGUGCCUGGGAGCAUGCGGCUUAAGAUCAUAUCAGUUUCCCCCAACUGUGACAAGGACGGUAUUGAUCAGUUGGAUGACAGAGAAGAACACUGCUAUUACUCUUGUUUCUUGUAUUGAUUGAUUUGGCACAAUGGGAGUUCUCCAUAGCUUCUUACCAGCACCCUCUGCUACUUAACCAGUUAAAGAUGAAAUGUUUUGGUGUAGAUUCAAAAUGUGUUUUUGCAAGAUACUGCCAUUCAGGUGUGCACCUGGCUAGAGAAACUUAUAUAUAUAUAUAUAGAUCCCAGUUCAUUCCUGUUGUAAGGCUGUACACUGUGGUCGCAGUGUCUACAGUCAGUCAGGCGCUCUUCUCGUCUCUUUUGGUGAAGGACAGAAGAUCUAGUUCAAGAUUUACAGAGGGAUUUCAGUGAACAGAUGAGUGUUUGCAGCAUAACAGAGUUGGGGUUGGAUGCUCUGUUGUCAUCCUUCCGGUGGAAGGUGCUGGACAGGAUUAGGCUCGCUGGGAAUGUUUACUGUUUGAGAAGUGUUGCCUUCUGACCGAGCCUUCGAUUUGAAAGGGUGGAGAAGAAGUGAAUGAUAUUGUACUUUAGCUACCACACCUACCUAAGACUUGUUUAACCCUGCUUUAACAAAUAUGUUGCACUUGUCAGCCCAAACACUCCUGUAGAUGUUCUUGAAACGUGUGGCAGCGAGUAUCUUUUUGUUUACGUUGGUAGAAAGUAGUCAGACUCGCAGUGUACCCAAUGCAUUGUCCUGAAAUUCCUGAAUUUGCAAUCCACAAACUAAAGAAAGUUUAUUUUACCACCACUGAACAAACAUUUUGAAGUAUCUUUUUGGAUUUACAUUCUUUAUUGUAGCUGAGCGAUCUGCUACAAGACUAAAUGGGCGUCCAGGCUCAGCGAUGGGUACUUAUGAAGAGAUCGACCUAUUAAUGGACUAGAUGGAAUGAAGUUGAACUCCAUCACGUCAAUGUUAAAUCUCUCUCUAUAUCCACUCUUCUUCUUUGCUGUCCCUGGUUCUCUUAAAUCUGUCUUUUGUUUGUGUUUUCCACACUGAUCCUGAAGUCACAAUGUUUCAGGAACUGUGCUUGCAGCAGUUUUUAUACAAAAAAAAAACUCCAAAAUAAAAAGUGUAUUUAUUAAUUGCUCCUUAAAAUUCAUGAUAGGCUGAGCAGUUGGGUCAGGACGGAAUCACAGCAUGUUUUUUGUUUGUUUUUGAUGCCAAUUUGAAUCAACGUUUACAUUUUUGUACAAGGCGCCUUAACAAUUUCUUAAUCAUUACAUUGUUGCCUUUCCGAAUGUAUUAAAGACUAUGUUGCUUGCA